AGUAUAAAGAGAGCAGCCCGAGCAGCCAAUAUUCAUCCAUUUAUCAAAUAAAAGAAUUGAAUCAAUCCAAUCCAUUGAAUCAAUCCAAGCCGUUUAGUCCGAACCGGCAACGCACAAACACAUGAAUCUCUCUGUUCUCUUUGCCGCAAAAGGAAGAAGAGGUAAGUUUGCUGGUGCCGUGGUUCGUACGUUGGGAUCAGGCCAAAACGCACUCUAAACGAGAAAACCUCAGAAUGAACAAUUUCGAAGAAACUUGCUCCCUCCGCACGGACGGCGACUUGCCGCUGGUCAAGUUCAAGUCCAAGGUAACCGGUCUGACUGUCUUCGUGUCGGAGUUCGAUGGGCCUCUGGUGAACGGAUACCUCUGCGUCGCAACGGAGGCAGAGGAUGACGACGGACUGCCACACACGCUCGAGCAUCUCGUCUUUAUGGGAAGCGAAGACUACCCGUACAAGGGGGUGCUGGACCAGCUGGCCAACCGGUGCCUGGCAUCCGGGACCAACGCGUGGACGGACACGGACCACACGUGCUACACCAUGACCAUGGCGGGUGCCCGGGGCUUCCUGAACCUGCUGCCGGUGUACUUGGACCACGUGCUGUACCCGCUGCUGACGGAGGCGGCCUUCCUCACGGAGGUGCACCACAUCAACGGGGAGGGCGAGGACGCCGGCGUGGUCUACUCGGAGAUGCAGGCCCGGGAGAACACGGGCGAGAGCCUGUGCAUGCUGGGCCUGCUGCGCACCGUGUACCCCGCCCCCUGCGGCUACGGCUACGAAACCGGCGGGCUCAUGAAGAACCUCCGCGAGAGCACCUCCAACAAGAAGGUCAAGAUGUAUCAUAGGAGCUUUUACCGGCCGGAAAACCUCUGCGUCAUUGUGACCGGCAGCGUCGCUCCGGCCGAAGUGCUCAAAGCCAUAGAGCCCAUCGAACUCAAGAUUAUUUCGAAGGGUGCCCGGAAGCCCUUUGUGCGGCCCUGGCAGAGGCCCCUGCCGCCCCUCCCCGCCAGCACGGACCUGGUGGUGCCGUACCCGUGCGACGACGACGACCACGGCCUCGUCUACGUCGCCUACCGGGGGCCUCCGCUCAAGCUUUACCGGGACAUUGCGGCACUGCUGGUACUCGAGGACUACCUGACGGACACGUCCAUGUCACCUCUUCAGAAGCUGUUUGUCGAGACGGAGGACCCCUACUGCAGCAUGGUCAAGGCCAGGUUCAUCGAGAACCGGGAGUGCUGCUUCUACUUCGUCUUCGAGAAUGUGACCAAGCGGAAGCUUCCCUUAAUCAAGGACACGUUGAUCAAGGCCCUGGGAGAGAUUGGCCAGGACCCGGGCCGAGUGGACCUGGACCGGAUGUCGGUCGUCAUCCAGAGACGCAAGCUCAGGAUUCUCAAUCAGAUGGAGACCUGCCCUCACGAGACAGUGGCCAGCAAUGUCAUUGGAGACUUCCUCUACGGGGACACGGUGGACGACCUCCGGAUCCGGGCGUGCCAGAUUCCCACCUUCGAGGCCCUCCUGGGAUGCAGCAAGCAGUUUUGGGUGGACCUCCUGAAGAAGUAUGUGCUCCAGAACAAGGCUGUCUGCGUGAUAGGGAAGCCGAGCCCGACGCUCCUGGCCCGGAUGACGGAGAAGGAGGCCCAGCGGAUCGAGCACCAGCGCGGCCUGCUCGGGGAGCGGGGCCUGCUGCAGCGGGGCCAGGCUCUCGACAGGGCCGUGGAGGCCAACGAGAAAGAGCCCCCCAAGGAGAUGAUCCUGUCGAUGCACGUGCCCCCGCUGUCGGACAUCCGCUUCCACGGGCUCACCCGGGCCUGCAACCUGGAUGGCUCUCCGGGCAUCGGCAGCUUCUCUCUCCGGGACAUUCCCUACCGCUUUGAGCUGGACCACGUCAAGAGCAACUUCGUCUCGCUCUCCGUGAUCCUGAACACGAGCAGCGUCCAUCAGGACCUUCGGAUGCACCUUCCGCUGUACCUGGAGCUGUUGCUGGAGUCGCCGGUCAACACGCAGUCGGGUCGUCUUUCGCACCAGACGGUGAUCAGCAGGCUGGAAGCGGACACCAUCCACAUUGCCACGGGCCUGGGUCUGGAGAACAGCUCCAGGUUUUUUGCCGGAUCACACGCCCAGUGCGCCGUCCUCUUUCUUCUGCUGGACCGGGAGAAGUACUUCCGAGGGGUGCAGUGGGUCCGGGACCUGCUGCUGGGCCUGGAGUUUGAGCCGGACCGGAUCCAGGUGGUGGCCAGCAAGAUGGUCAAGGAUGUGGUGAAGAAGAGGCGCUCGGGCAUGAAGGUGGCCGGCACGGUGGUGCGGGCGCUCUGCUUCCAACCCCGAAGCAACCAGGCAGCCGGCAGCAUGCUGCGCCAGCGGGCCUUCCUCGGCCACCUGCUUGAGCGCCUGGGGACCCAACCGGCACAGGUGGUGGAGAAGCUGAAGGCGCUGAAGGCACACCUGAGCCGGCCAGAGAAUGUGACGGUCCACGUCUCGGCAAACCUGGAGAAGCUCUCUGCCCUGGGGGACGUGGGCGGCCCCUGGCGGACCUGCCUCUCGGAGCAGCCCCCGGCCGGGACGGCCACCCCCAGGAGCGCCCCCCGGGUCCAGUGCCACUCGCUGCUGCGGGGGGACGAAGCGGGCCUGCCGCGGGACGUGAUUGCGGGCGUGGGCUCGGUGGAGUCGGCCUUCCUGACCCAGUGCACCCCGAGCCUGACGUCCUACUCGAGCCCGGACCUGCCCGCCCUGCUCGUGCUCAUCCAGUACCUGGUGCAGCUCGAGGGCCCGAUGUGGCGGCAGAUCCGGGGGCAGGGCCUGUCCUACAACUACAACCUGUUUGUGCGGCCCUGCGACGGCCUGCUCUACUUCUGCCUCACCAAGUCCAGCCUGGUGGCGGCCGCCUACGGGGAGGCCCUGCAAAUCGUCGAGCGGCACCUGAGCGGGGACGAGGAGUGGGACGAGGAGCUGCUCGAGUCCAGCCGCAGCAGCCUCAUGUUCGAGGUGGUCGAGAAGGAGAAGUCGGUCAACGAGGUGGCCCUCCAGUCCCUGCUGGCCUACCACCGGGGCAUCGACAUGAGCCACACCAGGCUGCUGCUGGAGCGGGUGGCGGCGGUGAGCCUGAGCGACCUGCUCCGGGUGGGCAGGCAGUACCUACGCCCACUCUUUGACCCGGCCACCUCCAAGCUGGCCAUCUGCUGCCACCCGUCCAAGGUGGAGGACACGGUCGCCGCCUUCAAGGAAUUUUCAAGGAAUCUCGUGGUGCUUCCGUCGCUGGAGGACAGCUUUGUUGCGAAAUACUGAACCAAAUUAUUUUUGGUAUAAACAGAAUUAUUUUUGCGGCUUCUUUGGUCCUACAGCUUCCAAAGCAAACUACCCGACAAAACAAAAAAGGGGUAAACAAUUUGGUUCAUGCGCUCUUGUAACAGUCUGUCUAGAUUUUAUAAAACUGCAAUUUACGUGGUUUUGGUUCGAGUUGAUCAAAACUGGACCGCUGCCUUUCAACAUUGGGCCAUUUGCCAUUCAUUUUCCUUUUAUUGCAUUCGCUCGAAUAAAUGUUCUCAAAAUAAAGGUGCACAGUUUGACUUU